AUGGAAAAUCACUUUGCUACUUGUAGAUGUCCUUGCGGACAAGACCUCCAACAGCUGGGCGCAGUUGACCACUUAUUGGUUUGUCCUGAAUGGAAAAAUUCUUCUUUAUUGUAUGGAUAUGCUAUAGAACAGUCAAGAAGUCCAGCAGGCCGCAGCAUGUUGAUAUAUGAAUGUGAAGCUUUAUUAAGGUUAGCCUCGCCGAAGCCAGAAAUAGAAGAGGAGUUCAAAGUGCCUGCCAAAAAACUCCCUCAAAUGCAAAAGCAGCCUAGCUAUGACAAAUAUGUGCGCGAAGAAGAAGUAGUUUCGUGUGAACUCUGUCAUAGGAAACAGCCAGAUAUGACCAAUAUGUUUUUCCCUGAGUGCUGCCAUAUGAUGUGCAAAUCCCAUGCAAUUGACGCUAUAAGGAGCCAAUAUCCGAUACAAAAUUAUGCAAAAUGUCCGAUGGAUUGUGGGUAUACGUUCAGUGUUGAAGAGAUCAUUGAUUUAAUAGGAGCUGACGAGUUCGAAAAAUUAAAGGAAAAAAGCUUCCAAGAGUUUAUUAGUCAGACUGGAGGAAUUGUAGUCAAUUGCGAUUGUGGGGUCAUGUCAAUUUUAGAGCCUGGGGUUCCUGAUUAUGCUUAUAAAGACGAGCAAGGGCAGCCAAUCUCUAGAAGAGCUGCUGAGAACAUGGCACAGUUUAGAUUCAGGUGUGGGAAUUGCCAUAAAAUAUUUUGUGCAAGUUGCAAAGCAGAUCCUUAUCAUUUGGGAAAGACAUGCCAAGAGCACCAGGAUUUUAAGGUUGCCAAGCAUUGCAGGUAUUGUGGAAAAGUUAUACAGUCAGUUAGGCCUGUGUGCUCUGAAGCUGCAUGCUUAGAGCUAUAUGAGAACUCUUGCAAAAAAAUACUGCCUUGUGGCCACCAAUGUUUUGGGACAAAUGGAGAAACUGAAUGCUUUCCAUGUUUAGAAGAAGAAUGUGCACAGGGAGGCCCGACUAUUUAUGAUUAUUGUGCAAUAUGCUAUAUUGAUGGAUUAGGAGCUGCACCUUGUGUCAAAUUAAUUUGCGGCCACCUGCUUCAUUAUCAUUGCUUAAACACAUACCUUGAAAAAAGAUGGGUUGGGCCAAGAAUCACAUUUAACUUCGCAAAAUGUCCAAAUUGUAAAGAGUGGGCACAAGUCCCAGACAAUCCAGCACUAACCCAAAAAAUGGAUAAGAUCUUAGAGCUUUACGAUGAUAUUCGGCAAAAAGGUCUCAAGCGGUUGAAAUUUGAAGGCAUGGAAAAUGAUCCCAGACUAAAUGACCCUAAUGAUCACUAUUACCAAAAGCCUGAUAUUUACGCAUUAGACCGAUUUGCAUAUUAUGAAUGUUUUAAAUGUAAGCAGCCUUAUUUCGGAGGGAAAAAGGAAUGUGAAGAAAAUAGAGACAGGGCAGGCUACAACCCUCAAGAACUAGUUUGCCCAGGAUGCUCAGCAAUAUGCAUGGAUGGAGCAGACUGCAAAACUCAUGGGAAAGAAUUCAUUGAAUUCAAAUGCAAAUUCUGCUGUGGGAUUUCUGCUUGGUUUUGCUGGGGGACCACUCAUUUCUGUGACCCGUGCCAUACUAAACAAAAUAAUGGAGACUAUGUGUCACAAAAGAAAAAAGAAGACCUACCUCAGUGUCCAGGACCUGACUUAUGUCCGUUGAAGGUAAGACACCCACCUAACGGAGAAGAAUUUUCUUUAGGCUGUGCUAUUUGUAGAAACCUUGCUUCCAAUUCAAGAGAGUUUUAA